GUCAAAAUCGUAGAACAUAGUCUAGAAAAUCGUUUAUUUCAUAGGGUAAAUACCAUUGCUCACCUAGUUUAUGGUGAAAACUUUGUGAACUUUAGAAUACGAAAAAAAUCUAAAGUUCUAUAAGUUCCUUGGAUUACAGUAGAAAUUCCGGUGGGAGUUUUGAUUUACGAUGACCAUUCUACGAUCUAUGUAUGUACAUAGGUACAAAUGCCGGGGCUCUGAAGAGGAGAUCCGUAUCUGGGAUUACGGUAAAAUUUUCUGUGAUUUCAAUUGGAUCUCUUCGGAAUCCGUAUGUAAUUCUGCGAUUUUGGUGUAAAUUCUCUGGGCUUUUUAUGUAAAUUCUGGGAUUGCAGUAGGAAUUUAAAUCUCCGGAAGAACACAUGAAGAUAUCUCUAAAUGUAUUUCCUUAACAGUCUUUGAAAAAAUGUAUAAAGAAAUUAUUAGGGGACCCCUACAGGAAUUCGUGAAACAGCUUUAAAGAAAUUUCCUGAAGAAUCUCUGGAGAUAUUGUUUGCAGAGGACUUAUUAUUAAUCUUUGAAAAAAUCCUUAAAUAAAUCUCCGACAAAGUUCCCCGAAUUAUUUGGAUAAAUUCGAGAAAUAAAAGAAAAUAACUCUAGCAGGAAUGAGAUAAGUUCCUGAUAUUAUCCCCAAAAAAAUUCUUCGAUAAAUGUAUGAAGACGUUCGAAACAUCCUCUAUUUUGCGACAAGCAUUUCAUGAUUUUAAUUUACCUUUAAAAAUCUGUACCGCUGCGCCAAACUAAAUUUAAUAUGUUUUAAACAACUUGUUAACAAAAGCUUAUUUAAGUCUUUGCAAAUUUGGAUGCAUAACACAGAAAUACAAAAUAACUUGAAAUGGGCAUACCACUACUAUUUUUACAAACCCUCAAAUUUUGGCAAUAGCUUUCGACAGGACGAUUGAUCAGCUUUUUCAAAUGAUUCGACAUUCUAUGCGAUUAAUGAGUUUAAAAUCCAAAACUCUGGAGAAAGCUCGUCAAAAAUUUGGAGUUACUGACGGCGGAAGACAAAAAUUAUAACAAUUGGUCCAAUGAGAAUAUGUAUUGCUGCAUUGUCAAUGAGUCAAAGUUCAACCGACGAGCUGACCAACCUACGUGAAGUAACUGCUCCUCACCUAGAACAAUUCUAGGUAGGGCUAGAACAGAUCACGAUUGACAACCAAGUGUCGGCUGCGUUUGUUCAAGGCUAUUACUUGACAAUGUUGCCUUUUCAAAGCAAGCAAAAAAGACCAUUGGACAUGGCUAGACAUUCUAGUAGGAGUACAAAUUGCAAGAAAAAACAAUCCGUACGCACAUAAAACAUACCAAACUGGGUUGGGGCAUUUUCCACACACGAAAUAGGAUCAAUUUCGACCGUUAUGUCUGUAGAAUGCACUUGGAACCCUCAGCAGCGAGUGCAGUGUUUAAUUGACAUAAGUGAACUGUCUCCCUGUGUCGCCCCGUUUGGUGGCUAUCAUUCGACCAGUCGCAUUUAACCGCCAACAGUUUAUCAGAUUUAUGUGAUAUUUCAUUUAUGUACUUAAUUCAUUUAGGUAUUGAUCUAUUUUCGUGCCGAUUGGAGUGCAUGCAACAGAGACAUGAUCUACGACCAAGAUGAAUUUUAUUUUCCAUAUAAAAAGGAACGAAAUUUUCAACUAACCAUGUAAUCGUCAAGAUUAGUUCAUCGAGCAACAACUAAAAUGGCUCUAAAAAUCGCAAUCUUAGCGGCAGUUGUUGCUGCAGCUCAGGCUAUUGCCAUUGGAUAUCCUGCUCCAGUUGCGGCGUAUCGACCAGCGUAUCCAGCCAUAGCGAAAAUUGCCGCUCCAGUCGCUGAUUAUGAUCCCAAUCCUCAAUACAGCUACAGUUAUGCCGUUGCGGAUGCCGUCACCGGCGAUAACAAGAGCCAACAGGAAUCCCGCUCCGGAGAUGUUGUGACCGGAUCUUACUCGUUGAUUGAACCCGAUGGCACUCAGCGUGUCGUGGAAUACACCGCAGAUCCAGUCAAUGGAUUCAACGCCGUCGUGCAUCGAGGUGCGGUUGCCGCUAAGGUCGUUGCCCCAGUAGCCAAAUACGCUGCCCCAUAUGCUCACCCCUUGGCUCAUCCCUAUGGUCAUCCGAUUCUCGGCUAAGUAAGGAACAUUCUAUCUAUGGUACAUCAGUAUUGCAGAUGCUACAAGGCUUGACGUUGUAAAUACUUCUGUGCGGUACAAAUCCACAUAAAGCAUGACAAUAUAUCGUAAUUUUCUCAUUGAAGGAAUCGUUAGAUAUUUAUUACUACUCGUUGAAAUUGAUAAAGUGUAGCAGCCAGUUACAAGUAUUACGCCAAAUAGGCUUAUUUUGCAAAUAAAAUCUGUUGUUAACAGUAAAAUCAAUAACAAUGUGAUUUGUUUUAAUAUUU